CGGCUGCGGCUGUGGCUGCGCCGACGGCAGCGGCGGAGGAAGCCCGAUCGCUGACCGGAGCGGGAGGCGGCGGUGACGGCCAUGGCGGCAGAUGGAGAGCGUUCCCCGCUGCUGUCCGAGCCCAUCGACGGUAGCGCUGGUGGCAACGGUUCCGUGGGGCCGGGAGGGAGCGGGGCUGGGCCCGGGGGAGGCCUGACCCCCUCUGCACCACCUUAUGGAGCCGGUAAACAUGCCCCGCCCCAGGCAUUCCCCCCCUUCCCCGAGGGGCAUCCGGCAGUGUUGCCUGGGGAGGACCCGCCCCCUUACUCACCCCUCACCAGCCCGGACAGUGGGAGUGCCCCCAUGAUCACCUGCCGAGUCUGCCAGUCUCUCAUCAAUGUGGAAGGCAAGAUGCAUCAGCAUGUAGUCAAAUGUGGUGUCUGCAAUGAAGCCACUCCAAUCAAGAAUGCACCUCCAGGGAAAAAAUAUGUUCGAUGCCCCUGUAACUGUCUCCUUAUCUGCAAGGUGACUUCCCAGUGGAUUGCCUGUCCUCGGCCCUAUUGGAAACCACACUAAAGGCUCUGCUCACCUUCCCCCCACAUCUGCCUCCUGCGUGACCCU